CGAGUCUGUCCGCUGGCCUGAAGGUUCCGCUUCACGCCUUGGACUCUUCUUCUUCUUCUUCUUCGUCGUCGGCGUCGUCGUCAGGCCCGUGAACGGCUUUUCUUUGCUCUGCAGCAGCCAUGUUUGCGUUUGGCUCUGGAAGUACUUCUCUAACCGCUGGGAAAUAUGACCCCACUCAGGAGCGCAAUCCACCCCCUCUGGCGACGCCUUUGACUCUACCAAACUUUGUCACACCAGAGGAACAAGUGUCGAGCUGGCAGGAUGGUAGACCACCUGCUCUGUCUGCCCUUCUUGCUGCGCUCCGGAAGCCGAGCGAUAUCUGCCUCGACCAUCUGGCUGCCUUCAACGUAAGGUUCAAUGCAGACACACCAUUCCAGAAUCUACUGUCGCAGCCCUCGUCAGACCCGGCGUUUUUCCCAGACUUGUCAUGGCUUUCCUUGGAAGAUCCAAAGGAAGACUCUACGGACGCGACGACUACAGCCGAAAAGCCGACGUUGAGCAACGGAAGACAGGUCCCUGGUGUCAAGGAGUUCCGGGUAAGACUGGAGGAAGUGCGACGUCCCAAUCAGGAAGCCUUCUCGGCCUUUACCCGGGCUGCAGCGGAGGGACAGAAGCCGCCUCGACUUGUGCAUCUUCGGCGAUUCUGGGAGGGACUGGACAACAUGGCAUACUACUGGGACACGUCUCUGGACGAAUACAUUCCCCUGAGUGAGAGUGCUACGGAAGAGCGGCAUGAAACACCGCCUAGCAGUCCAGCAGCAAAAGCCAAUACACCCCUCCCACCGGCGGAGGGCAGUGAGCCGCGCAAAAAGGCUAGAGUUGUGUCCCCGCCGGGAGCAGGACUGUCCUCGAUCCACCCCGCAUUCGACCAUCUGAUGACGCCCAAGUCGCAUCUACAGCCACGACGAUCGCCUCCACCGCCCGGACCCCAUUCUCCGUCGACCUCUCGACGAAGACUUGUUCGCAGACCGGGAGUGCCGGAGGGUAGCUACAAGGGCAACCGGAUCGGCAAUGGGAGUGGGAUGCCAGAGCAGUACCGUGCCGAGACGGUCAGAGCAUUCCUGGAGGCGAUUUGCUGGGCAUUCGGCAUCACGUUUGCGCCGCCGCGACGACAUGCUCACCUUCAAGUGGGAAAGGUGCGAUUCCCGGUCCGGAUGACGAACAUUGGAUGGCGGACACCACAGGACCGGAAACGGGCGCGACUGGGGCUGUUUGAAGGGCCGGUGAUUGGGAUGCAGUGUCGGCCAGAGAUUGAUUUUGGUGGCGGCAGCAGCAGCAGCAGUAGCAACGUGGAAGCGGAACAGGCACAACAGCUGGACGCGAUGAGGGAGUUUGGCGGACUGUUAUAUCUCGCACAGGAGCGGGCCAAGGAAGGCAAGGUGGAGAAGCGAGCGGGGUCGGGCAAGUGGUGGACGCGGGAGCCACGGUGGGGCGGCGGGACGGGCGGCGAGGUUGGCGAGGCGAGCGGGGCAAGCGACGAGAAAGCAGAGGGUGGGCUAGGGACAGGAGGUCGAGCAGUGGUAGGAGCAGGCAGCAGCAGCAGCAGCAGCAGCAGGAAGCGAGCGUCACCGGUGCAGACGUGGAAGGAAGUCAAGGCGGGCAUGAGCAUGUGGGACAGCAAAGUGCGAUACGAAGCAAUCGGCAAGCCGGGCGGCGGUAGAGAGGCGGGGUGGGACGAGGUGUACAUGGUGUCGUCGGUCAGGCACCAUGUGCGGAUCGUCAAGCUGCGGGUGCAUGCGGCGUACCUGGACUGGCUGCUUGAGGGUGGUGGUGGUGGCAGUAUUAGCAGUAGUGAUAGAUCCGCAUGGAACGCACCCCAGGUCGAGCGCACGCGCUGGUACGAUCUCUUUGCGGUAGAGGACCGGGUCGAGGCAAUGACGGCGCUCUGGGGCAUCAUGGGCUAUCUGAUGCGCGGGCAGGACUGACAUGAGCAUGGAGCAUGGAGCAUGGAGCAUGGAGAUGGCCACCACCACAAACGCACACACCGGUCAGAAUAGCUGGCCAUGAUGAUAUAAUCGAUAGAGGCGUAGACUGUUGUUGUUGUAGCAGAUUGGGGAGAAGAAGAAUGAGAAUGG